AUGGCAGCCGGCGGCAGUGGCACUGGCGCUACCAGCAAGCUUGACACUGUCGAGAUGGAUGCGCAGGAUCUGACCCCAAAGGUCGAACUAGGUAGUAGUGAUGACACCCCGAACCAACAGAGCCGCAUCUGCUUCGCGCCCUCUGAGCAAGGCUAUAACCAUGGAUCAGAUCGUAUGCGACCCCUUCGCACCAUGCCAUUCGACUCCGAAACCUGGAUCGGCAACUUCGACGACCUCGGCAGCCGUGUAUGGCCACAUCCCAGCUUCAAGGAGUUGCUUGCACGUUCCCUCACUGGCGACCCCAAGUUCCCACUACCGGACACAGUGGCUAAGGAUAGUCGAUUCCAGAACCCGCGUAUGCGGUGCUGUGGCAAUAGCUGUUGUCCGACCACUCACAGCCCGUUUGUAGAGUAUGAGAAACCUUCUCGCCUUGAGACGCUUGCAUUUGAGCGCACACAGAAUGUCGUCGUAUACCCAUUCUACGUACGCUUGUCCAAGCGCACCGGACUGCAGAAACUCUUUGCCAUUGUGCAUCGUCACAAGGAUGGCGAGUACAAGUUCUGGAAGGCCGACGGCACUUACCACGAGUCCUAUGGUCUUAUCAAAGGAACUAUCUCUAUUUUCCAGAGUCCCAAGUCUAUUCACAAAACCAGUGUCGGCAGUCUGAGCUCUUCGAAGAGGAAAUCGAUAAGCACACCCACCAAGCCUCGUGGUUCUGCAGCACAGCUAGUCGAAGAUCUUGACGACACACCCUUGCGCGUCAUUCAAAAGGCACGCACUCUCAACAGGAGCAAAGAUGUGGAGCGUUUGGACGAAGAUCUUUUCAGAGACCAUCCUGAGCCUCCAUUCAAGAAACGGGCUGUGGCAGGCUCAUCCCUGGUACAGAUGAGAGAAGGCGACAGUACAAAGACCUCAAAUACAGCUAACUCGCGUACACCAACCCCUUCAACGAAACCCAGUGUCCGAGAUCUCUCAAGAACACCAACCAAACAGUCGAGCUACGCUAGCGUACAGAAACCCACCCGCACCCUGUUGCAAGUCAUCGAAGUAUGCAUGCUUGCUUAUCACCUUACUGGAAAGGAUCUCAAAUUGAUGUACCGCACUAAUGCAUUCACUAUCGAGUCCGACGAAGGAUCUCUAAUGGAUGAUACAAAUGGUUGUGCUUUCGAGAUCAACGAGCAGCAUGCACAGUACGUGUUGUCUAGCAGUCAGAAAUCUCUCAAGGUCAUCAUGAGCAAGAGCACAACCUGGAGUAUCACUGAAUCAAACGAAGAAUUGACUGGAGGUAUCAUCCUGUUGGAGUUCGGUGGUGUCAGUGCUCGUGAUGAGUUCAUAGCGCAUCUCAAGCACAUGGAUGGGAUCAGUGUAAGAAGCAUUUGCUGUGCUGAUGACCUAGUUAUCGAGCCCAUGUAUAGUAAGCUGCUGAAGCAGCUCGCCCAAAGUCGGAAAGCUAUGUUCGAUGCCGGAGAAGAGCAUGAAAGCAAGAGCCAGGUACCAGCUGAGCCGGACGAGUCACUUCCUGCGGGAGAGAGCUCUGAGGUCGAUGGUGGCAGAGCUGCGCCCUGUCCUCCAGCCUUGACUGAGACCGCCUCUUGUCAGGUUCCAGCAUCCUCUGCAGCCUCGACAUGUACGACAAAUUCAGUCACUCCAUCGUCAGUGGAGCUGCCCCAGCCCUACUCCUCAGUCAGAACAUCGACAACUACAAGCAUCUCUGAAGCCGUCCCCAGUCCGACUCAGGAGACAAUCAACACCUCUCAGCUUGGAUUAAAAGUUCCGACUAAGGAAGAUCUGAUGAAGAAAGAGUUGCUGCACCUGUUGCGCGAGGUCUACAUCAAAUACCCGAGCGCUCAGGACGACGAUCAUGUCGAGGAGAUGGCGCUUUUGUUGAAGGCUCCGCUCCUCGCCGGUGACAAAGCACUCAAAACAUACCAGAAGAAUCCAACGCAUUCUUUGUCUUCUAUCGGACGAACCUCUCAAAGUACAAUCUCACUUCGAGAACACUUCCUCUCACAUUCUCGCGCAAUGCCUCGCGACAAGCACAAAGGCAUCUACGCGUGCCUCUCUCCAUUGAGCGAUCCUGGAAACCACGGCUCGGACCCUACCAAAAGCCUCCAAGUGGCACCAUUUCGAUCCGAGAGCAACUCGAUCUGGAUCGGCUACUAUGACAAGCCCUCGAAGAAAUAUUUAGGAGUCUUUCCAAGCCUCGAUGAGGUUCUCGAUCGCUGCCGACGCAACACUACAGCCGGUGGUUCAAAUACCAUGUUUCCUCGGUUCAGGACAGGGGUACGGCUCGAAACCGGUGUUGUCCCCGAUCAAGACUGCCCUGGCAGCUUUCUGAGACAUGUAUGCUGUGUUUCUUGUCAAGACGGAAGCGCUGAUUGUGAAGAACUCAUACUCAACUCGAUUCCAGUCGAGAUGAUGAGUCCUUACCGCACCAGAUACGAAAGAGUCUACCUGCUUGUCUACAAGUUCUAUCUCAAGGGCGAGCAAAUGGUUGCAUUAGUGCAUCACCUCUCUGCGGGAAAGUUCUUUUUCCAGAAAACAGACGGGACCCUAUCGAAACUGUUCUGUCUGGACUCUAAACACGAGUGCGUUGGCAUGUCACAACGUCGCACUCGUCAGGGCAGUGAACUUGACUCGGACACUUCCAGCUUGACCCAAUUCGACUGUGCCGAGGAUGAGGAACCGACAGACGUUCAUGUAUCACCUCGAGUAUCUCUGAGGUCCAGCCAAAGUCAUCGACUCCAAGAACCAAGAAACUCAACUGUGGCGCCAUCUCCACAAACUCCAUUUCUACCACGAGAAAUGCCAGCUCCGCCGCGUGCGCGAGGCCGUGUUGUCAUCGACAUGAUUGAUGACGACGAACCUUCACCAGUCAAGCAGGAAAACACAAACUAUCCAGCGCACCUGAUGGUCCCGAUCUCCUACAAGACCCCAACGGCUACUCCAGCAUCUACUCCAUCUGUUGACCCCAGCGAAGACCUGUCUUUCACUGCGCAGUUCGGACCAGAUCCCCUUGCAGAAGAGUACGGUAGAAUUACCACCCAGAUCUGCCAGGAAUACUCGAUGAGAGUAUUUGCACUGGCAGAAGUCAAAGAUUUGAUACAGAGGAUGAAGCAAGCCGUCAAGGCAGACGAUAGAGCUGCGCUUUGCCGUGCUUAUGGUGCUCUCCAAGCAUUCUUGAUCACGGUUGAAUAG